GGUAAGGGUGUGUACGGGGGACUGGGGACGUAUACAGGGUUGGGCUGGCCUACGGUGGUAUUUUUUAGCGGUGGUGGCGCAGCAUCCUUUGUACCAUGAAGCCUUGGUGCGCUGCAUGUGGAUUGAUGAGAAGGGUGGAGGCAGUUAUCGUUGUCAGGAUCAAGGAGGAUAUUCAUCAGAUUUUGAGAACGUACAUGUAGGCUACGCAGGGUAUGUCCGUGUUAUUAAGUGUGUCCGAGUACAGAAUGUUACCAUUUUCUGCGAAUGACAUGAAUUGGCUUACCACCUGGGUACCGCUCGGCGGAGGAUGCUGCGGUGUAAGACGUGAGUCAUCUCCUUGAUGCGUGAUUAGCGACGUAUACGGUGGGAGUGUUGCGGAGAAAUCAAUUUUCAUUUUUACCGUCAAGGAUCGAAGGAAUAAAUAUGUCGAGACAGUGCGAGGCUGUGAAGGUGGUGGUGCGAUGCCGCCCAUUCAACAGGAGAGAGGAGACGAUGGACAACGAUAACAUCUUGGAGGUGAAUACAAAACUGGGGCAGAUCACAUUGAGAAACCCAAGGGCGUCACCUGAAGAACUCAUGAAAUCAUUCACCUUUGAUGCGGUCUAUGACUCUGAGUCGAAGCAGAGCGAUAUUUAUCAUGACACGGUCAGACCCCUUGUAGACUCCGUGUUGCAAGGUUUCAACGGGACCAUAUUAGCUUAUGGGCAAACUGGGACAGGUAAAACAUACACCAUGCUAGGUAUGCCCACAGACAAUGAGAGAGGGAUCAUCCCAAAUUCAUUUAACCAAAUUUUUACGCAGAUCUCCAGGUCUCAGAAUCAGCAGUAUUUAGUGAGGGCAUCCUAUCUAGAGAUCUAUCAGGAGGAGGUCCGGGAUCUGUUAUGUAAGGACAACAACAAGAAACUAGACCUCAAAGAAAACCCAGAUUCAGGUGUCUAUGUCAAAGACCUGUCUUCGGUUGUCAGCAAGAAUGUCAUGGAGAUCGAACAUGUCAUGAACAUAGGAGACCAGUCCAGGUCUGUGGGUUUCACCAAUAUGAAUGAACGCAGCUCGCGGUCCCAUGCCAUCUUCAUGAUCACGGUGGAGUGCAGUGAGAAAGGUGCAGAUGGAGAGGACCACAUACGGGUUGGGAAGCUGAACAUGGUUGACCUGGCUGGCAGCGAACGCCAGAGCAAGACAGGUGCUAAUGGGGAACGCCUGAAAGAGGCCACUAAAAUCAACCUGUCCCUCUCAGCACUGGGUAAUGUCAUCUCUGCUCUGGUUGAUGGGAAGAGCACACACAUCCCUUACAGGGACUCUAAACUUACCCGCCUGCUCCAGGAUUCACUAGGUGGCAAUGCGAAGACGGUCAUGGUAGCCACUCUGGGACCAGCGUCCAAGAACUAUGAAGAGUCCCUAACGACCCUAAGGUAUGCUAACAGGGCUAAAAAUAUCAAGAACAAACCCAAGAUCAAUGAGGAUCCAAAGGAUGCUCUGCUGAGAGAGUUUCAGGAGGAGAUCACCCGCCUGAAGGCCCAACUGGAGGAGCGAGGGAUGCUGGCAAAGGAGAGGAGAAGGAGGAGGAAUAGCAGAAGACUGACUAAAAGUAUGAUUGUUGAGGAUGUAGCCCACAGAGAAAGAGAUGCGGAACUGUGGAAGGCUCUGGAAGCGGAAUGGGAGCGGAAUGCGAAAUACUAUAUAAAGGAAGAACAGGAAAGCAAGAUGAAAAAAGAGGAGGAAAGUAUUAUAGCGAUAAGUAGAUGCAACUCCAUGGAUAACUCUGUAGAGGGCAGUCCCCAAAAAGUUGUUACAUCCAGAAUACCGAUACAUAGAUUUAGCUCUGUGGAGGAUAGCCCCAAAAAGGCUCUUCCCACCAGCGCCCAUAGCAGCCCAGGGGCCAGAGAGAAAUGGAAGCCAUUUGGUGAAAAAGAGCAGAUGGAAAAUGAAAGGAUGAUGGAAGACAUGCAGAAGGAACAGGAAUCCAUGGAAAAAAUUAUUGAGAAAUAUAAGGCUAUGGAGAGCAAAAUAUUGGCUGGGGGAAAGAACAUUAUUGACCACACUAACGAGCAACAGAAGAUGCUGGAAUUGAAGAGGCAGGAGAUUGCAGAACAGAUAAGACGGGAGAGAGAGAUCCAGCAGCAGGUGAUGGCUCAGGAUGAGGAGACAGGAGAGCUGAGAGAGACCUUCUCCUCCCUGCAGCAGGAGGUGGAUCUCAAGACCAAGAAGCUGAAGAGGUUGUAUGCCAAGCUGCAGUUGGUGAAGGCUGAGAUUGGGGAUGUCAUUGAUGAGCAUGUAGUAACCAGACAGGAGCUUGAGCAGACACAAAAUGAACUCACCAGAGAACUCAAGUUCAAGUAUCUCUUAAUUGAGAAUUUCAUUCCUCCCGAAGAAAAGAACAAAAUUAUGAACAGGCUUCACUUUGACAGUGAGGAGGACCAGUGGAGGUUUAGGCCCUUUGUAACUUCAGAAAGUAAAUCGGCUCAUCAGGUGAAACGAAGGCCCACUUCUGUGGUGGGAUACAAGAGACCUAUCAGCCAAUAUGCACAGAUGGCUGUCACAACAGGAGCUCCAUCUAGAUACCGGGCUGAGAAUGUAAUGCUCCUGGAGCUAGAUAUGAGCCCACCCACCAUGUACAACCUCAACCUUAACGGAGCACACCUGGAGCAGGCCUUUGGAGGUCCCGGUAGCCCCAGGAGAGACCUGCUAGUCAACGUCCCCUUCAGGGACAGGACCACUGCAUCAGGAAGGGUCCGAAAGUCACGAUCCUGGUACCAGGCACCACGUUCAUCCUCUUCAUGCGUCUCAUCCUCUUCAUCAUCCAGCUCUAUAACACAAGGACCCCAGAUCCAGUGCUCUCCUCACCCCCAGAGACCCUCCUCAUCCAUCUAUACUCCAUUGGAAGGUGCCAUUCCAGGGAGCCCCUGAUUAUAGAACAUUCCAAUGUAUAUCAUAUAUGCCUAUUUGCUGUGUUACAUUAUGCAAUCAACAAUUUCAAAGUAUAUUAUUUCACCAAAUACAAUUUGUCUGUAACCAAAAGUUUUGCAUAAUACUUUGUGGAAAAUAUAGUAAAGCUGAGCUUUUCAUUAUUUUAUAUUUUUUCUGCUAUCAUUAUAGCUUAUGCUGAUGAUGACUAACGUAAUGUUGAGCUUUUUAUGUAUUGAAACAUCAGAAUAAAUGGUACAA